AGAAAUGGCUUCAAACUUAGAGUCUUCGCUUUCAACAAAAGGAUCAGACACAAUAUGGGACUUUUCCUGUGAGGCUUGCAAAAACGAGGCUCAGUUUUACUGUGAAGGAUGUUCUAAGUGUUACUGCGAGAAUUGUGUGAUACUACACAACCAGCUAUUUAAUUCUCACUCUUUGUUCGGCAGAGAACAAAUGGAGAAAUGGCCGAUUGCCAAGUCAACGUUAGACAUACUGGAGCAGUGUGGCGAGCAUAGCGAUGAAAAAAUUAAGCUGUUCUGUGAGGACCAUAGCCAACUUUGUUGUGUUAUUUGCGUGGUACAACAUCACAGAGCAUGCAGUAAAAUAAGCCCUAUUGAAGAGACAAGCAAAUAUUCAACGGCAGACGUCCACCAGCUCUCAUCAAACAUUGAUAAAAUACAAGAAGAGUUGAAGAAACUGAAAGACAAAGCAGAAUGCAAUCUUCUGUCCCUUGAAGGGACGUACAAGCGAAUUAAGGAAGAGAUCGACACAGUGCGACAGAAAAUAAAUACAGAUUUAGAUCGGCUAGAGAAAGCAACAAUGCAAGAAGUGGACAAAUUGAUUGCUAGCUCUACUAUAUAUAUUACUAAAGAAAGGGAUACUUGUAACAGCAUUGCAGAAAGUCUGUUAUGUCUCAGUAAAGCGGUCAAUGAAGUUUGCAACAAAAGCAGUAAGCUUCUUUUUAUAGCUUUAGAAAAAUAUCAACAGCAGAUAAAGGACUUUGAAUUAUUUAUAAAAGAGUCGAAAAAUACACAUGAUUAUGGUAUACAAUUCGCACCCAGUAUCGACUUUGAGAAGUAUUUAUUUCAAUUGACAGGUCUGGGGAAAGUUGUACAUCCAAAUAAGGUCAUUUUGCUGCAGAAAAAGUCAGAGAAAAUGUCGCUUUCUGGGUCUUUUUAUGCAAUCUGUGAGCUUCCUACUCGUGAGACGCUUGUACUAGACUAUGGCAAUAAUAAGGUGACAUUGUUAGACAAUAAAUACCAGUGUUUGAGCUGUUUGAGUGGAUUGUCUUCAUAUUCAUAUGAAAUGUGUCUGAUAUCUUCAAGUGAGGUCGUUGUUACAAUGAAUGAGAAUUACAAAGAUGACGGUCUACACUGUCUACAGAUGAUCAAUACCAAGAAUGGAAGGUUGGAGAUGGGAAGGAAGCUUCAGCUGAAUCACAGGUGUGUUGGUAUUGCCCACCAUAAGGAUGAUCUGUAUGUAACUAGCGGUACAGCUCUGUAUCAGUACACUCUGACUGGAACACUAGUAAAGAAACUGUACGAGGACAAAACAAAUUCUAAUACAGUGUACAAAUGUGCUGUGAACCUCAUGGGCGACAAGAUCUACAUCACCAACAUGGACAAACACACACUCCGUACACCGGCCAUAGAUGGAACAGUUAUCUCCACCUUUUCUGACCCUGACUUAAAUAAUCCACGGGGUGUUCAUGUGACACCUGGUGGACAAGUGCUCGUUUGUGGCUAUGCAUCAAACACGAUUAUACAGGUGGACAGCCAGGGGAAGAAUAAGCUGGCCACACUAGCUACUCAGAAGGAUGGUGUAACACGGCCAUGUUCAGUCUUCUUCAGUUUCAGCACUGAUUCAGUGCUCGUUGGAGUUGAACGAAACGUCAUAGUUUUUAAAGAAACAUAGUCAGCGACAAAACAAUUCAUGAAAUAGAAGGAUAGAAAAGAUCAUGUAAAGAGUAACAGUAUCCUAUUAAUGUACUCAUGUUGAUUUGCAAUUCGGCACAACAUGCAGUACGUUUAGAACGUGAUGAAAAUAUGCUUUAUAUAAAAACUAAAAACUUUUUUUUACAUAUAUUUUGCCAAAUUAAUGUAAACAGGUUAUUUUUGAAUUCUUUUAUAGCAAGAAAUACUGAAAAAACACACGUUUAUAUUCCAUACGUGAACGUUCUUAAAGGGGCCUUUUCACAGAUUUAGGCAUGUUUUGAAGUUUGUCAUUAAAUGCUUUAUAUUGAUAAAUUUAGACAUUGGAUCUGAAAAGCUCCAGUAAAAAAUCAAGAAUAAAAUUUAAAAAAAGAAACAAAAGUAGACCGCAUCAGGGCUCGAACCAGUGACCCCCGGAUUUCUGGAGUAAAAACCAAAUAGACCGCUUGGCCAUCCUGCCAAGUAUAUAUGAAUGACGUAUUUUAUACUUUAUUAAUGCAUUCUUUGUAGUUUCUCAAAAUUAAACGACAAUACCAGAACUCUCCAAAUUAUUCAAUCGUUUCGCGUUGCAACGCUUUAUAAUUUUCAGGUUUUUAAAUCGUCAAAAGAUGCAUAUAAUGGCUAUAUUAGACCAUGGCAAAUGUUCAGUACUACUGUUUCCUCAAAAAUAUCAUAACUAAAACGAAAAUCUGCGAAUCUGAAAGAACUUUUUUCAAUUUUGUCAAUUUACAAAAACGUGAAAAGAUCCCUUUAAAUGGAAAAAUAUGUUGACCAGUGUCGUUUGUACUGUUAAAAUAAUUAACAGAAACAAAAACAUUCACGUAUACGGCUGCAUACUUUUAUUUAAUAAACGCUUUAUACAUUAAAGUAAACGUUCCGAAUCUUGUUUUCAUUUACGAGCUUUUUUAAAAUCUGUUUUUCAUUACCGUACUUUAUUUGAGUAUUGUGUUUUUAACGUACUUUUAUUUGAUUCUGAUUUUCAUUAACGUACUUUAUUCGACACUUGCUAAAAUUCACGCUCUUUAUUUGAUUCUUGUUUAGAUGUACAUUCUUUAUUUGACUCUCGUUUCCAUUUACGUUCUUUAUUUGAUUGUUCUUUUUAUAUACGUACUUUAUUUGAUUCUUGUUAAAAUUUAUGUGUUCUAUAUGAUUCUUGUUUUUAUUUAUUUAACUGUUGUUAACA